AUGGCUCCCUGGGAAGAUUUCGAUAGCGUCUUUGCCUUCAAUAAGAACUUCACCUAUGAUGGCAAGGUCAUCGAACAAAUUCUGUCCAAUCGCCGAGCGUUGGAUAACCAGCUGUUUGCCGACAGGCUCUUAGGAUUGCUCGGCGUGAAAGCAGUGACGAAAGUAUACCCUCCAAGGUCAAAUGCUGACCUCCGAACCCUCUUCGAGCACAUCGUAUCCUCCCCCUUGGAUAUCCAUCACAAACAGGCGUUAAUCUACUACCUCUUAAAAGAUUGCCGGGCACCCAAUGACCCUGCUUCACAAUUUUCGCGGCGAUUCCACCUACCUGAGAAGUACCGACUCUUCAUCGAAGGACUUUGGACUCUGGACAGGCUAGAAUCUAGGCGCGCUAUUGAGUAUUUGGCCGAACCUUCCAUCAUUCCUACAUUUCCCGAUGAAAUCCUAUACGUUCUCACACUACCACACCUUCCAAAGCACGAUGACAGCCUCGUAAUGGCGUAUUACCACACCGUUAGCCCCCCACUAGCUUCCGCUAAGGUCCAAAAGGCGUUCUUCAAGACCCUUUGUCGCUCUAGUGUGACGGAGGCAUUCUACUUCACUCGGGAUCAUGACGACUCUCUUCGCCAAAACUACCUUGAGCAACUCAUUGAUUAUGUGCACACGAUGGAAGCUGGCGACGCCCGGAGCAAACGCGCCAUGGAAUUGAUUGGUCUUCCCUUCGACGACCAGGAAGAGGGGUGGUUUGAGGAAUCUCUCCUUCGGGGAAAUGCGAAGGGCCUUCAUGGCGCUAAGGACACCGUUAUGAUGCGCCGCCUUGCGACAGGAAAAUUGGAUAACCUGUCGGCGGAUCUUGAAUCCCUGGGAAAGAUGGUGGUCUGCACAUUCUUUCAGCAAGGCCGAUGUAAAUUCGGAGAACGCUGCAAAUUUGAGCACCCUGGCCAAUCAACUUUGGGCUCAGGUAACCGUUUUGGAGUCCUAUCAGGAGGCGGCUUCGGAGGUCGUUCUGGAGAGCAGAACCAACAACCAGCCAACUAUGGUAUCACAGCAGCUGAUAUCAAGGCUGACCUGAGCGCUGGCAAGGGCCGUCCGGAAUGGGUUUUUUCCUGCUAUGGUCCGGGUAGGAACGCUCCAAAGCAAUUAUUUGGGGGUCCCCAGCGGGAGCAGUCUUUCGAAGAACUACGGCUGCGUCACUACGAAGCUGCCGCGGCGGGAAAUGCAGAUCAGGCGCUCCAAGAGGCUCAGGCCUUAUAUGCCGAGGCACUGAAGCAGAUGGAUGUUAUAUUAAGCGACCUCGAUGGUGCCGUGAAAUACGUUGUUGAUGGUAUCAACGAGCACCCGAAUCGCAUCGACAUCACAGAAGGCAAGACAGGCCCUGCAUCUGGUCAAGGCCCGUCUGCAUUUGGCCAGUCCUCAGCAUCUGGUCAGCCAGCAGCCAGUAGUCAAAGCUCGGCGUUCGGUCAGCCGUCGUCAUUGGGCGCUCAAUCAGCAUUCGGUAAGCCUUCCGGGUUUGCGCAACCGUCAACAUUUGGCCAACCAUCUGGCCUGGGACAGAGUUCUGGCUUUGGUCAGCCAAGUGCUCUGGGGCCAGGGUCAGCCUUUGGACAGCCCUCGGGGCUAGGUGGACAACCCGGAUUUGGUAAACCAGCUUUUGGACAGCCGAGUUUAGGCCAGCCUGCUUUCGGUCAACCAUCUGGGUUCGGCCAGCCUUCAUCGGCAGGUAGCUCAUCAUUCGGUACAUCUACUGGUGCAUCUCCUUUUGGCGCAAUAUCGAGUCAGAAUCAGGGCACGGGCGUCGGUUUCGGUCAAGCCGCAUCAACCGUAUCUCCAUUUGCACAGGCUGCUAGCCAACAACCUGCGGCAUCUACUGGGUUUGGCCAGCCAUCGACAACCCCAGCAACAACGGGCCCAUUUGGCCAGCCCACGCAAACGCCAUCACCAUUCGGUCAACCCCAGCAACUGUCGAAUUCAUUCGGACAGCCAGCUGCCGCACAAAAUCCAUUCGGUCAACCAGCCGCAGCGCCAAGUCCAUUCGGGGCUACGAGUCAAACACAACCACAACCACAACAACCGCAGACUGCUCCUUCACCUUUCGGCCAACCGGCGACCGGCUUCUCACAGCCUGCCCAACCACAAAAUCCAGCUCCUACCGCCACAGCUGGGACCGGCCCUCCUGCCAUAAUCAAGGUUGCGAACUCCAACGAGCUCAGUCCUCUUCCACCCUUAGCUGGCCAGACCGUCCGAGAUCCCAUGACCAAGAGGUUAUCCUCGUGGAAAGGACAGCCGGUGAAAUAUAUCGAAAACAGUCCCUGCUAUUUGCAUCCUCAAGACCGCCAAACGUAUGUUCGCAUCUUCUUCCCGGAUGGGCCUCCCGAGGAAGCGAGCUUGAGAGAUGCAACAGGAAAACCAGAAGAGUACACCCCUGAAGUUAUCGAACAGUAUGAAUUUUUUGUGAAGAACGGAUAUUUCAAGGACGGCGUUAUCCCAAGUGUACCACCGAAGACGGAAUGGGUGAGCUUUGACUUUUAA